AUGAACCCUUUGGAGUUUUCAGCAGCAAAGCUCCUCGCUCUCCGCCAGGCGGAGGGAGCCGGAGCCACAGAUGAAGUCACCAACGAGUGCGGCGCUGCCGCCGUCGACGUGAGCAACAUGCCCUUGCGCAUUGCCUCCAUCUUCAUCAUCCUCGUUGCCUCGCUGCUUGGUGGUUUCCUGCCCAUCUUCCUGGCCAGGACCACCAGGAUGCAUGUCCCCAAGAUGACCUUCUUCGUCUUCAAGUAUAUUGGUACCGGUGUCAUUAUUGCGACCGCCUGGAUGCAUCUCCUCGCCCCCGGUGUCGAAGCCCUGCACAACGAGUGCUUGGCCCCCAUGCUUGGCGAGUACGACUGGGCCUUCGCCAUCGGCCUGAUGACCGUCAUGGUAAUGUUCCUGAUCGAGAUGAUUGCUUCCAACGUGAGCUCUGGCGCUUUCUCUCACAGCCACGGUGGCCACGAGAUGAACGGUACUGGCCACCCUGUUGACUCCAAGACCAAGGAUCAUGGUACCGAUGGGACUAGCGCUAGUGAGGUUUGCCCACAUGAUAACGGUGAUGCUGAGAGGGGUGUCGGCUUCGUCGACCCCAACAAGGUGCCCGGACUUCCGGACGACGUUAGCUACCCCCCUGGCGGACGUGACCACCUCGGCCAUGCUCGCGACCACGUCGAGGGAGACAGCCACAACAGCCUGAGCGGCCAGCUGACGGCCAUCUUCAUCUUGGAAUUCGGCGUCGUGUUCCACUCUAUCUUCAUCGGUCUCGUCCUCGCCACUAGCGACGAGCUCGUUGUUCUCCUGAUCGUCCUUACCUUCCACCAGUUCUUUGAGGGCCUCGGUUUGGGCUCCCGUCUCGCCGUCGCUCACUGGCCUUCUCACGGACGCUGGUGGCCGCACAUCCUCGCUGGCCUGUACGGUCUUUCGACCCCUGUCGCCAUUGCAGUUGGUAUCGCCGCCAAGCCAAGCAGCGCCCAGACGCAGACCCUUGUCAACGGUAUCUUUGACUCUAUCAGCGCCGGUAUCCUCAUGUACACGGGUCUGGUCGAGUUGCUGGCUCACGAGUUCAUGUUCAACCCGCAGAUGCGCAACUCCCCGCUCAAGAUCCAGCUGUUCGCCUUUGGCUGCGUCGCCCUAGGCGCCGGCGUCAUGGCUGUCCUGGCCAACUGGGCCUAG